UCCACCUCAGAAUCGGUGGUUAACGAGGAUAAUUACCUCGCCGCUUCGGGGCUUGGUAAACAUCCACCACCAGCAUUCAUCUACCACAAAACGUUAUCUACUACGGUGAAGAGUUAUAAGCUACCGUUGAUUUAAUCCAAAGAUUGCUUCACUAUUACUAUUUCCAGUUGUUCUCAUUGCCACAAAAAGGUCGAAUGCUUCAUGAUAGUUUGGUUUAGUCACCUGAGUUGAUAAUGCGAAUUAGCCACCAUGAAGAGAUUAAGGUCAGCUUUGUUGGAAUGGCAUCCUGAAAUUCAGUUCAUGCCAAGAACAAAAACCGAUUCAUACAUUGAUCGACUCACCACAAGUACCACCCAGUCCUGAAAAAUUGAAGAAUAAGAAUUGCCUUACUGAAAUAUUCUCUUUUACCCUUGACGUAACCUCAUCGCCUCCAGAGACCUAAGUAUCUAACCUCUAACAAAAUCAAUUAAUUGAAUGAUUUGUUUGCAGGCUCAUGAGAGUUCUACAGAAACAGAACCACUGACGACAGUGGUGACUUCACUGAGACUUUCACAAUCCUCGCUGACGAGAGAACAACCAGUAUCAGCAAUAGUGGCUAACACUGAGGAAGGAACAGGAGAGACGCCCGAGAUGAGCUCCGUUGCUGCUGCAUGCUCCUCUGGUCAGCAGGUCAUGUCCUUAACGACGUUUUCCUCACGUGAAAAUUAUGAGAGUUCUUCAGAAAGAGAACCAGUGACGACAGUGUUGACUUCACUGGGUCUUUCACAAUCCUCGUUGACGAGAGAACAACCAGUAUCAGCAAUAGUGGCUAACACUGAGGAGAUAAGCUCCGUUGCUGCUGCAUGCUCAUGUGGUCAGCAGGUCGUGUCUUUUACGACGUGUUCUUCACGUGAAAAUUAUGAGGCGUUGCACAACUCCACUGAAGUGAACGCCCAAGUUGCAGCAGCUCCAAAUGCAGGGAAUGAAAACAUUGUCCAAGUUCAAGAGGAAACAGUCCGACGUCCUGACACGUUCAGAGAGAACAAACCUCCAAAUAACACAACUCAAGGAGUGAAUCAUUCGGAAGAUUACCUGCAACCGGUGGAGCACUUACACUUACAAGCUGCGUUUCAAAACGGAAAUAGCUCCCGAUGUUGUCGUGGAAAGAUACAAACCUUGCCUCAAGGUCGUCCUGUACCUAAGCCCAGAAGAAAAUUGUCCACGUUUGCAGGAAUGACGUCAAAUUCGCGCAGGCAAGGGGUUCAACAACAAGCAGAUGUCGAACGAGUUAACCAAUCAAGGUUCUGCACUCCUCAUCCAAGAAUUCUACAAGGAGAACACAGUUAUCAGAAUGAUAGAUGUGCAGCAACCCCGUAUGAGAGCCCAAGUUAUCUACAAUCAGUUUUACCUUCUACUUCCAGGAGGGAGUCACCAUACACGAAAGUGCAGAACAACACCAACUGGGAAGUGCCCAGCAAACGCUUGAGACUAUUUAAAAGGAUCGGCGGUGGAACAUUCGGUCAAGUGUGGGAAGGUGCUGUAUUGGAUGUGCGUAAUACUCAAGGCUGGUCUAUUGCAGCUGUUAAAAUGCUAAAGGAAAAUUCCUCGAAGUCGGAUCGAAUGGAUUUGUUGUCAGAGCUGGACUUGUUGAAGAAACUUAAACCCCAUCCCAACGUGAUACAAUUGUUGGGCUGCUUGACAAAAGACAUACUCCGAUGUAAAGGAGGGCGUGAAUUUAGGCCGCCUCUUGUUAUUCUGGAGUUUGUCCCUCAUGGUGAUCUCCUUGGAUAUCUAAAGAAAAGUAGAGGCGAGACAGAUGACUACUACGACGUUGAAUGCGCAGAAACUUCAUUGAAAAUACCAACAGAACAACUUUACAAAUUCGCUUGUGAUAUUGUGACUUUGGAAUGGCGAGAGAUCUUGGCAAAGAUAAAAUUUAUGUCAGGAGGUCCAAUGGAGUUGUACCAGUGAAGUGGAUGGCAGUUGAAUCACUAACAAAACAAGUUUUUACCCCAGAAAGUGAUGUGUGGAGUUAUGGCAUCGUCCUACAUGAGAUAUUCACACUCGGGGGGAACCCUUACGAUGGAAUGAGCGGACAAGAAGUAUUUACAUACGUGUCGCAUGGUCAUAAAUUGCGAAGGUCGUCAGGCGUGAGCCGAGAAUUGUAUAAAUUGAUGCUUCAGUGCUGGGACCAAGAGCCAUCUAGGCGACCGACAUUCGAAUCAAUUACGUCGUGGAUGGAAAAUUUAGCGCAUCCUCACUGUACAGAAAGUCGGAAUACCUCCCAAAUUAUAAGCUGGGCGUAAUGUAUAUCAAUGAACUUUUACCUACUAACAAGGUUGGAACAGAAAAUACUUCAAUACCAACAGGGAAUGGAAGUCUUGAUAAAUUUUUCUGGCUUUAAAUUACCAUGUUAGCAAGAGAAGAUAAUCCUUUCUUGAUGUUAAUCGCGGUUCAAGGUUUUUCCUUUAGUUACGUUAUCCAGCAAAGAGGUUGGAAUCAAUUAUUGUUUAUAUUUUUACAUCACAGAAUCGAUACAAAUAACAAUUCCUAGGUUGGACGGCAUUCCUAUAGUAAUGCUUAUGUUUGUUUUAUAGCUGUACAAAAAAUAGGAAGAUUUUAAGUAUAUUAUCAUAUGAAAAACUUUAUUUCUAAGUUAAAUACGGUUAAAAGUAUCAUUCGUACAAAUAAAACAUAUGAAACUCUCUUAAA